AUGGACUUGCGGUGGUAUUGUGGAUUCUGAGUUUAAAACAACCCUCUGCCAAGCCGGGAGGAGAGUAAAGCCAGCAAGCCCACUGUAGAACACGGCGGGGUGCGGCAGGCGGGGGGGGGGGGGCAACUGCCCCUUGUAAAUCCCCUGAGUCCCUGUAACGUAAAGUCGACAUGGAAAGGGGAAAUUUCCUUUGGGAAUUUACACAGCUGCGGAUAGUAGCAGACACAGAGAAGUUGAACCGUGAUGGGGUGGGGUGGUUCGGAAAGAAAGCCCCAAGUACACCAGCUUCUCUGACCACACAGGGUGACUGGCUCAGUGCGGGUGGCAUCAGGUACUGCUCUAGGACCUCGAGGGUCAAACGUCUCUCGACCUACAGUGCCAGUCAGGAGUGUAAUGCAUGCGCUUUCCCACGAUGCCCUUGGACUUGCCCGCCUGCAAGCGGGGUCCUUUCGUCUUGUCCCCCACGUCUCAGUUUUAUUCACCUUUCGGCCUCCCACAGGUUCAUUUGGUGGGCGCGCCGUCAGGAUUGGUGGAAAUGAAGGAGGCAGCGGGUGAGAGAGAAGUGAGGGGCUUCUCGUCAACCCGUGAGACACAGCCGGGAUGACCCCUAGAACAAGGUCACAGCUCCUCCUCUUCAAAGUGAAGGGCUCCAGGUGACAAAUCCUUACAGACGUUUCCCACACACAGCCCCCGGGACAGACACGCAAGGGCCUUCGGGUGCCAUUGGUACUUGGCGGUAUCUGAGGCCAGUGGUUGCAGUUUCCUAAGUGUUUGGCUGCAGCCCUGGGAUCAAACCCUUCUCUUUCUGAUCUGCCAGGAUCCAUUUGGUCCCGUGAAGCCCCUCACAGCUCUGACUCUGGGGUGCUGUUUCUCCCCGCCCACCUUUUCAUCUCUCCAAAAUCUCUUUCAGGCCAACCAGCAUGGUUCUGUAUUACUUGAAGAGUCUACAGACCCCCGUCUCCCUUUCGGGUUAGUCGUACCAAAUCAGCCUCCAGUUCCUUUUUGGGAGAAGAUCGUGGCUGGGGCAGGUUCUCCUCCAGGGGGAGUUUCCUCCAAAGUGGACGGCUCCACCGCCAGCCCCGGAGUGGACGCCUUUCGGUGCUCCACGAGCCUGUCCAGGCAGUCUCGUGGGUGGCAACUGGUCCUAAAGCUCAGGCUGCCUGGGAGGUGACAGGUCGUGCCGCUGCAGGAGAAAUUGCUCCUCCUCCGGGGCUGGUUACAGAGCACUCCGGGGAGUGAGAAGGGGUGGCUCUCCCGGGACAGGUACUUUCCGACUCUAGGAAACUCACUCAGCUCUUGGCGUCCCGAGACCCCUUCAACACCUGGGAGGGGCAGGGCGACCUCUGUCCCUCACGUUGGCUUUCAGCCUCUCGAGUUACAGCUUCGGGUCUUUCUUUGCUCCGGGAAAAAGCGGCGGGGUGGCAGUGGCGCGGUCAGGAGAGGACCGCCGCUGAGCUCAGGACACCAGCUGGGAAGGCGCCCCGCCCGCCGCUCAGCUUCCACUCCUCCCGGCGGCAGCGCAGGGAAAGCCCCCGCGGCUCCGCCCACCCCAGGGGCUUUUCUCCAGUCGCCAGUGACUUUGCUUCGGGAGCGCAGCCGCCUGGCGCCGCUUUCCUCCAGGCUGGAGCGCGCAGGGGCCCCUGGCUCUUCUGCGAACGCAAGGGGCAAGAAUCGGUGACCUCGGGGCGCGCCCCCGAGUCCGGGUCCCUUAACCCGCACCCCAGCCCCCGGCCCGCGCCUAAGCCUCCAGCAUGGUGCUGCUGGCUGGGCCCGGGCCGGAGGGCGGCGGGACACACUGCUUGUCGUCCCCGCAGUCGCCGACGCCACCCCGGGGAGCGCAGACAGGGGACGACCCAGGGGACUACGAAGAGUACGAAGACUUCUCGAGUCUGCCGGACACCCGUAGCAUAGCAUCAGACGAUUCCUUCUAUCCUCCCGGAGGCGAGGAGGAGUGCGGCUCGGGGAGUGCCGAGUGCGUCCCGGAGGGUGUCCCUGAGGCGGCGACCCUCCUGCGCGCCGCCUGCACCAACGACGUGGGGCUGCUGCGGGCGCUAGUGCUGCGCGGGCCGAGUUCCGAGGAGGUACGAGAGACUGACCGCAACGGCCGGACUGGCCUUAUUGUUGCAUGCUACCACGGCUUCGUGGACACUGUGGUGGCCCUAGCGGAGUGCCCCUACGUCGACGUCAACUGGCAGGACAGCGAAGGGAACACAGCCCUCAUCACGGCUGCACAGGCAGGGCAUGCCACCAUCACCAACUACUUGCUGAAUUAUUACCCUGGUCUGGACCUAGAGAGGCGGAACAUAUUUGGCUUCACAGCCCUCAUGAAAGCGGCCAUGCAGGGUAGAACGGAAUGUGUGCGAGCCCUGAUGUUAGCAGGGGCUGAUGUUCAAGCGAGGGAUCCCCGCCGUGGGAUGUCACCACAGGAGUGGGCUGCAUACACUGGCCGAGUGGAGGCUGUUCGUGUCAUGCAGAGGCUGAUGGAGCGGCCCUGCCCAGAGCAGUUUGGGGACAAGUACAAGCCAGAAUUGCCGCUUCCUGCUGAGGCACUCUUGAAACCAGCACGUUCCAAAAACUGCUUUCAGAGAUUCACAGAGUUCCUGCGGUCCACUCUGACCUCCCGCUCAGGCCAGGGUCUGGCGGAUGGAGGUGUCCUUGAUCACAUGGUCAGGAUGACUACAGGCCUUUAUAGCCCCGCCAUUGCUGUCGUCUGCCAGACUGUGUGCCCGGAGAACCCUCCCUGCGUGGGGAAACGGCGCCCGGCAGUGCAGGAAAUUCUAGCAGCUAGGGGGAACCCAGACACCUAUGCUCAGGAUAGCUCUGAACUGCAAUCCCAGACUUUGGAGACUCCCAGAGUGAAUCCCUGGUCAUCCCAGUCCUCUGGGGCCCCAGGACCCACCCCUGCCCCUAUCUCGCGGAAGGCCAGCCUCCUGCCCUUACAGUUGCUGCGGAGGAGCAGUGUGCGGCCAGGAGUGGUAGUUCCCAGGGUGCGCAUCAGCAAGGCCCCUGCGCCCACCUUCCAGCCCGAGCGCCCAGCCCCCAAAGGCAACACCAAGGACAGUGUACACCUGCAGAUCCCCAAGUGGCGGUACAAGGAAGCCAAGGAGGAGAAGAGGAAGGCGGAGGAGGCAGAGAAGAAACGCCAGGCAGAGGCUCAGAAGGAAAAGCGGGCGCCACGUUGGAGGAAAAGGACGUGAAGGGGCCAUGAUACCCUCUGUGUGUGUGCCUGGUGUGGGAGGCAGCUCAGGGAUCCAGCUGGGAGGCUGCGGGUGGUGUGGACGGCACCACUCAGAGGGGUGCCCCUCUCUGCUGCAUUACAACCUCUGGGUCAUUCUUUUCUAGACCCACGAAGCAGGUUCCCCAUUGUUCCCAAGACAGAAUUGAAAAGAGUACGUACGGAUGGCUUUUGCUUAAAACUAGUUCCCUGAGCAGUCUAUACACCCAAAGGGCAGUUUACCAGAAGUCACCCCUUAAGACCUCAAUUAAGAAUUAAAAAACCUAAUUUAUCAAAGGUCAUUUUCGCAUAGUUUUGUAUUUUGUUAUUUAUGAAAAACUGCAGCAUUUUACAAGUGAUGGGCUCUUUGUAAUUACGGCAGUUUUAAUACCUGUGUUUGGGGACCCUUUGUUUAAAAUGCUGCCUCUAGCAAUAAAUACUUGUAACGAUUGUGUGAAUCACACAACUCUGGGAUUCUCCCCUUUCGCCCUUCGGUUCUGGCUUUUGCCUUCUUGUGUCCCGUGGACACACCUGGCUUUUCCUAUUGACUUGAGUGAUGCCAAAUGCUUGCUUCUACUUGAUGAGGGCACGGACUUCUAUUCAAAAUGACCAGGUGAGAUGGAAGUCUUCCUUCCUUUCGUUUCAUUUCUUAAACCUUUUGUUCCGACCACCGUCAUCAUCAUCAUCAUCGUCGUCGUCAUCGUCAUCAUCGUCAUCGUCAUCAUCGUCGUCGUCAUCAUCAUCAUCACUUAUUUCAUUGAAAGUGACCAUGGCCCAUUGCCGAAGUGCAUGUGUUGCUGAGACCAAACUCAUUUAAAGCAAGAGGCUUGGAUAGACAGACCAUCCAUCUUCCAGGUGACUUGAGGAGAACAGUUAUUUAGCAGGGGGCAGAUUUAACAAAUGAGCAGUAGAAACAAUCAUUUUCCCAGAAAGAAGCAAAUGUGGGUAUCCUUAACUAUGUCCAAGAUGCAGAGGGCAGGGAUGCUGCAAACUGUUGAGGGGCAGACAGAUGACUUUUAGGACAGGUGGUACACCCUGGCUACUAGACAGCAGUUUGGGGAAGGUUUUCCUGCAGUGAUCUGCACUCAGGAAAGCCCUCUCCUCCAGGGAGUCUCUUCUUUGUUUUGAGUGACAAUUUCCCCUUGAUGAGCCCCAAUGUUCAGUUCAACCCCACCCCAACUUUGUAGACCUUCCAAUAUGUGGGGACACAAGCCGGGAUGGGAUUUGCCUUGGGUGCCAACCUCUCAGUGGAAGGUUUUUUCUAUACCUUUCUUUCUUUUAGCUCCAAAGCAUUUAAAAAAUCCCAACUGAGUCUUACUAUAUCAGUCACACAUGCACUUUAUUUGGAUAUUUAAUGUAACUACUUGGUAGCUAUAGAUUCAAAAUAUUACAGACUGAUUUGGAAGCCCUUUGCUGAGGUCCGUCUUAAACUGCGGGGAAAUUGAGGGUGGUACUGACUUAAUCUUAAUCCUUCAUAGUUGGUGCCAUUAGGCAUUGAGCAACAAGAGCUCUCCCACUAGCCUUCCCCGAAACACCAUAAAAUAGGACAGUCUGACUUUAGAGCUAAAAAGGCAGGGAAACAAAACUCUUGAGAAAGCCCUUGCUUUUCCCACUGCACUAUGAGGCUGAGACCUCUAGAUCCCAGGAGAGGACAGAGGGCAGGGCUAUGACAACAGGACAUUAGCAGAGAUCUCUAGAUCCCCUGGAGAGGAUGCAGGGCAGAGCUGUGGCUUCAGGCCAUCAGCAGAAACCUCUAGAUCCCAGGAGAGGAUGCAGGGCAGAGCUGUGGCUUCAGGCCAUCAGCAGAGACCUCUAGAUCCCAGGAGAGGAUGGAGAGCAGGGCUGUGACGACAUUGGCUCUGCCUUCUGCUUUUGGAAAGGAGGCCUGAUCUGCUUUCCUGACUUGGCAGAGCCUAGGCACAGGCCUGGGGGCCUGCUUGGCCUUGUGUGUAUUAAUUGUAAAUAGUGAAUUCCAAGUGGACAGGUGUCUUCUCAGGGAUUUAUACAUAAAUAUAGUUAGGGGAGAAGUUGAAGUGUAGUUUAAAUCUUUUUGAUGGUGAAGUCAAUUAGGGUUAAACUGGAUGAAAGAAAUAUUUCCAAGAUAGUGUCAAAGCUGUUGUUUCUAAGGGAGAUCUUGGGACUUGUCUCCGUGGAGAUUUAUGGGGACCUCGAUGGUAGGAAUGGCUGUGUGUAUGACACCACAGUUGUGUCUCUCAGCUGCUGCUUCUAGCUGUGACCCUUGUGUUAACACUUGCCUCCAGAUAGGCAGAGGUGACCUAUGCCCAGAUGGAUAAUCUGUACCCACCCCCCAGAGCUGUUCUCUGAGCCCCUGGUCUAUUCUCCUUGCUUUUAGGAUAAGAUGGCCACAGUCAUUGUACGGGAGCUCACAGAGUGCCUCAGGAAGGAAGGAUGAGGGACACUGUACCCUUGGUCCUUGGUCCUUCAAUGACCCCCAUGGGCAGUGUGCUUGCUGUGCUGGAGCAGGACAGUAGGUGUCAGGAGAGACUUUGCACUUCCUUCUUCAGCUCCUUCCAGGCUCCUGGGCCACUCCUGAUACC